CGCGACAAACUCAACUUACUUCUGGAAUCUCAUAUGAUGGGAAUACAUGAGGAUUCGUUGGUGCUGCUGCAGGUCACUGGGCCGCGUUCGGACACACUUCAUCAUCGGAUCUAUACUGUUGCUGCUUCUGGCUGGAGUCUCUCUGACCUUUUUAUUGCCCAAUAAUGAUGACAUCCGCAUUCUCAGAGAGCUCCAUCGGAGCUCCAACACCUCACAUGCCCUUCUGGACCCUGAGGAUAGUUUUACUAUAAUUAUGCAAACGUACAACCGCACCGAUAUUCUUCUCAAGCUCCUCAACCAUUAUCAGGCUGUGCCUCACCUGCAGUGCAUCAUAAUAGUGUGGAACAACCCUAGCGAGUCGCCACCCAGGAAACUGUGGGAUGAAUUCGGCCCACACCCUGUGCCCGUCAUCUUCAAAGAGCAGAGCGUCAACAGAAUGCGCAAUCGCCUGCAGCCGCACCCUGAGAUCAAGACUGAUGCUGUUCUGAUGCUAGACGAUGACACGCUGGUCAGUGUUCCUGAUAUCAGCUUUGCGUUUUCUGUCUGGAAGCAAUUCUCAGAUCAGAUUGUGGGAUUUGUUCCACGGAAGCAUGUGACCACAGCAUCUGGAGUUUACAGCUACGGCAGCUUUGAGCUUCAGGAUCCAGACGAAGGUGGAGGCGACAGGUAUUCAAUGAUCCUAGUGGGUGCAGCGUUCUUCCAUCAGCGCUUCCUGCAGCUGUUCCAAAAGCAGCCGGGUGAAGUGCACGCUCUGGUGGACCAAACGCAGAACUGUGACGACAUCGUCAUGAACUUUGUCGUGGCACAUCAGCUCUCACAGGUGUCCGGACUCAAGCGGCCCUCCGGGGUGUUCGUGAAGCCCGUAGACAUGCGGAAUCUGGAGAAGGAGGCCAGCAGCGGGUAUGUGGGCAUGUGGCACAGAGCGGAGCACAUGCUGCAGCGCUCCUACUGCCUCAACAAGCUGACACACAUCUACGGGAACAUGCCGCUCCGCUACUCCAAUAUCAUGAUCUCACAGUUUGGCUUCCCCAGCUAUGCUAAUCACAAGAGCAAGAUAUGAUGUCAGUACAUUUGAGAGACAGUGUUGGAUCAGCAGUCCAGCAGCGGUCAACAGCAACACUGACCCUACAGCCAGCCCUAUGGCGACAGACAGGUCAGGUGUUGUUGAGAUGCGAUGUUUUGCUGGAUUAAAAGAGUAAAGAAUCAUUAAAAUCAAGAGUCAUCUCUGUAACUGGAAUAUUCCAUAUUCAAUGAAUAAGCUAUGAUUAGUGCUAUCUGCCUUAUUUUUCCUGUAAGAGCGGAUGUGAUCAUUUGUAAAUUUUAUAGGUCUGGCUUCCAGUCUCAUCUGUGACAGCUAAUUUUAAUCUGCACCUGGGAGUAAAUUCAGUCAUAAUUUGGGUACUACUCACAACAGAACACCGAAUUCAGGGAGUAUGGCAAGCUGUUUAAUGUAAAAUGUUCUUAGCAUCAUUUGUCAUAAUUGCAUUUUUAAUAGUGACAAUUUCGUUUGAGAGC